UUUUAAGUGCUAUCUCUCAGCUAGCAAUCAAAUUCAAACACCCGAGAUCUCAGAUUCCCUUUCCAUUUUUCAUCUUCACUUUCUUCCUAAUUUUCUUUCCAAGCCAAACACCCAUUAAUCAAAUUCUUUCCUUUUUUAUCUUCCUCUCUUUGUCGGCUAAUUCCAGAGAUAGAGCAAGCAGCACUGCUACAUUCAAGAGAGCAGAGAUGAAUGAUCUGAUGACCAAAUCGUUUAUGAGCUAUGUAGACCUCAAGAAAGAGGCAAUGAAAGAUCUUGAAGCUGGACCUGACUAUGAUCUCGAAAUGUCUUCCAACGCAAGCACCAUGGACCAAAACCUUGGUCUAUUCCUUGAAGAAGCUGAGAAAAUUAAGCAAGAAAUGGCAGUAAUCCGUGAACUGUUAGGCAAGCUCCAAGAAUCAAAUGAAGAGAGCAAAUCACUUCACAAACAGGAGUCUUUAAAGGCCUUGCGGAACAAAAUCAACAAUGACAUUGUCACCGUGCAAAAGAAGGCAAGGACUAUCAAGGCACAGCUCGAAGAAAUGGACCGUGCCAAUGCAACUAACAAGCGCCUCUCAGGGUGCAAAGAAGGCACGUUAGAUUACAGGACUAGGAUUGCAGUAACCAAUGGGUUGCGCAAUAAGUUGAAGGAGCUGAUGAUGGAUUUCCAAGGUUUGAGGCAGAAGAUGAUGACCGAGUAUAAGGAAACAGUAGGGAGAAGGUAUUUUACAGUGACUGGCGAAAACCCCGAUGAGGAAAUCAUCGAGAAGAUAAUAUCAGAUGGGAAUGGAGGGGAGGGGUUCUUAACAAGGGCGAUACAAGAACAUGGUCGAGGGAAAGUGCUGGAGACGGUGGUUGAGAUUCAAGACAGGCAUGAUGCAGCGAAAGAGAUCGAGAAAAGUUUGCUGGAACUGCACCAGGUGUUUUUGGAUAUGGCGGUGAUGGUGGAGGCACAAGGUGAACAAAUGGAUGAUAUUGAGCAUCAUGUGAUGAAUGCAAGCCAUUAUGUGAAAGAUGGUUCCAAAGAGCUCAACACUGCAAAACAGUAUCAAAGGAGCAGCAGGAAGUGUAUGUGUAUUGGGAUUAUUCUUUUGUUGCUCAUUGUUCUAGUGAUUGUCAUCCCAAUUGCUACUAGCUUUUCCAGUUCUUGAUUGAGAUGUUCUUACAGAGGAUUUAAUGUCCAGUUAUUCCUUCUGCUUUAUUUUACUUUGAAAUUGUAUGAUCUGGAGUAUGCAUAUAGUCCUUAUGUUGGGACUCACAUCCUUAAAAUUCAUUGUGUAGUAAUAGUUUGGAUUCAUUCCUUAAA